AUGGCCUUAAAGAGCCAAACUAAGGAAAUAAUUAAAAAACUUAGAGCAAGCAGAAAACAGAUCCUGCAGGAGAUAAAUGAAAGGCGGGAAUCCAACUGUCUAGUGGAAAGAAGCAAUCGAGUCAGCCUUCUACGAGUUCAAAAGAAGCAUUUCCAUGGCGUCUGUCAGUCCUUAGCUCAAACCCAAGUCAAAGAACCUGUUCCUGACAGUGAACGGAGCUCCUGGGUCACAUUGAGCCCUUCUGUUCACAGGGAGAAAAGGCACUUUCCACCAAAAAAUAAUGCCAUAUUUGGAUAA